AUGGCUUUCGACGCGCUGGAACUAUGGCGCGAUCUUGUAACGGCCUAUUCUCAAUGCCGCUUCACGAGGCCAGAGGACAAGCUCUACGCCUUUUCGGGCAUCGCCAAGCUCUUCCAGGAGGCCAAGGCUGCCAUCCCAAUAUCGGGCGCCUUCCUGGUCUUGGGCAUCGGUAGAUGGGCCUUUUAA